ACUCGGAUCGUGUACACUUUGAAAACUAAAAAAUCGUUUCUCAGUUCUCUGGAUUCAUCCAAAAAUGGGAUCGAUAGACACUCCCAACAACGCCGACAACGACUCCGCUCAUCCCGCCGACAACCACCGCCACCUCGCCGGAGAAUCAACGGACUUCGUCGUAACUCAGCCGGAAAAUGAAUCGUACAGAAAGCGAAAAUCGAGCAUGCUACCGCUCGAGGUCGGCACUCGCGUGUUGUGCCGGUGGAGAGACUCCAAGCAUCAUCCCGUUAAAGUCAUCGAACGACGUCGUGUACCCUCUGGCGGUCCUAAUGACUACGAGUACUAUGUUCACUACACUGAAUUCAACAGAAGGCUUGAUGAAUGGGUGAAGCUUGAGCAGCUCGAUCUUAAAUCAGUGGAGACGGUUGUAGAUGAAAAGGUGGAGGACAAGGUCACAUCCUUAAAAAUGACUCGCCACCAGAAACGCAAAAUUGAUGAGACACAUGUGGAGGGCCAUGAGGAGCUUGAUGCUGCCAGCUUGCGCGAACAUGAAGAAUUUACGAAAGUUAAAAAUAUUGCAACCAUAGAGCUGGGAAGAUAUGAGAUUGAGACGUGGUACUUCUCCCCUUUCCCACCAGAAUACAACGACUCUUUGAAACUGUACUUCUGUGAAUUUUGUCUUAAUUUCAUGAAGCGACCAGAACAACUUCAGAGGCAUAUGAAAAAAUGUGAUCUCAAACAUCCCCCUGGUGAUGAGAUAUACCGCAGUGGCACAUUGUCAAUGUUUGAGGUAGAUGGGAAAAAGAAUAAGGUUUACGGGCAGAAUCUUUGUUAUCUGGCAAAACUGUUUCUUGAUCACAAAACACUAUAUUAUGAUGUUGAUCUGUUCCUGUUCUAUGUGCUGUGUGAAUGUGACGAUAGAGGAUGCCACAUGGUUGGAUACUUUUCAAAGGAAAAGCACUCGGAGGAGUCCUACAAUCUAGCAUGUAUUCUAACGCUUCCUCCCUAUCAGAGAAAGGGUUAUGGGAAAUUCCUGAUUGCGUUUUCUUAUGAGCUUUCAAAGAAAGAGGGGAAAGUUGGCACACCCGAAAGACCCCUGUCUGACUUGGGACUGCUGAGUUAUCGUGGAUACUGGACUCGUGUUCUCUUAGAUAUUCUAAAGAAGCACAAGGGUAACAUAUCUAUCAAGGAACUUAGUGAUAUGACAGCAAUCAAGGCAGAGGAUAUUCUGACCACCCUUCAGAGCUUAGAAUUGAUUCAGUAUCGAAAGGGGCAGCAUGUUAUCUGUGCAGAUCCAAAGGUCUUGGAUCGUCACCUGAAAGCUGCAGGGCGUGGUGGCCUUGAGGUCGAUGUCAGUAAACUGAUAUGGACUCCUUACAAAGAACAAGGUUGAGAUAAUACAAGCUUAAUGUCUAGUGUCAGUCUACCUUGACUCUUGACCCUUACAUGUAUAGAUGAAUAUUUGCAGUUUAGGUUAUUGAAGAGAGAGCCACUAUGUUAUAUAAUUCUGUCGUCUCUCGCAGAACAGUCUUUGUAACUGAUGUAGAUUAUAUAAUUGUGCCAACUUUUCAUGUGUGUUAAUGACAUUUACCUCUUUCAUUAGA